AUGUCAUGCUCGCAGCUUGUGGUGGACCGCAUCGACCCCUUGGUCAACCCAGGUGUUUCUGGGUCUCCGCACCUUCACCAACUCGUCGGUGGUGACAGCUUGAGCGCCACCAUGGAUCCAGGCGAUGACCGUGCCGAACUUUCAACAUGCACCACAUGCACCUUAGUGGAUGACUUCUCCAACUACUGGACCGCCGUCAUGUAUUUCCGUGCAGGGAACGGAACGUACAAGCGUGUCAAGCAGGUCGGGGCUAUCGGCCACGAAAUGGCUCGCGGCGGGGGCAUAACCGUCUACUACGUCCCACCCCACAAAGACCCGACCAACAUUGUGGCAUUCAAGAAAGGGUUUCGGAUGCGCAACGGCGACCCCAACGCCCGCAAUGCCACAAGCGCCUCCCGGUACCAAGGCAUCGACUACACCUGUCUGAUUCGUGACGACACCCGCUACACCAACCGGUCAGCCACGUUCCCCGACCACAUGUGUCCGCAAGGCAUCCUCACCACCAUCUACUUCCCACCAUGCUGGGACGGCGUCGACCUCGACAGCCCCGACCACUACAGCCACGUCUCGUGGCCGGCCAACAACGGCGCGCCGUGCCCCGCAUCGCGCCCUGUCAAGAUCCCCCAGAUCAUCCUGGAGAUCCGGUGGGACACGCGCGAGUUUAAUAAGGCCGAGCUGUGGCCCCAAGACGGCAGCCAGCCGUUUGUCUGGAGCUUUGGCGACACGGUUGGGUACGGGCACCACGGCGACUACGUGUUUGGAUGGAGGGGUGACUCGUUGGCCAAGGCCUUCAGUGACGACCCCGGCUGUCUGGGCGAAGGCAACACGCUCUGCACUCCAGGGCCUCAAACUAUCCGCCAGGCAAACGAGUGCAUCCUUGAGCCAAGCGUCAGGGAGGAUGUAGAUGGUUGGCUGGAGAAGAUGCCUGUUGGUGUUGAAGCGGAUCCCUAA